AUGGCGGACGACGCCGGUGGUAGAGGAGGUUUUCGCGGAGGUUUCGGCGCAGGUGGCCGCGGUCGGGGCCGUGGACGCGGCAGAGGCCGUGGAAGGGGCCGUGGUGCCCGGGGAGGAAAGUCUGAGGACAAGGAAGUACGUUUGGCGUUAAGAAGUCUAUUAUUGAUUACUCUGUUUUUCCUGAGAGAUCUCUAUUAUCUUAAAUCUAAGUUCACACAUGUCUCUGUUUACUAUAGUGGGUUCCAGUCACCAAGCUGGGCCGCCUUGUCAAAGACAUGAAGAUCAAGACCCUGGAGGAGAUCUACCUUUACUCUCUGCCCAUAAAGGUGAGCAGCAAUCUAAGAUACUGGGUUUACACACAGGAUGGAGAAACUUAAAGGGAUAUUCUGGCGUAAAAUUAAUUUAGAGUCAAACACACUUAACACCGAGUUAAGACACCCUCUCAAGAGAUCAAUGUUGUCAACCACUUGCUUCUCUAGUUAUACCGACUUUGGUAAUGACCGCAUGAUAGCAAUACACAGAGCUACACGCUGAACCGAAACGCCACUCUAUAGCCAGAAAUAAUGCUCAGAACAGCACCCAAGUUCAUCAACAGUACAUAUAGGAUCAAAACCAUAGUACUAGCCACCAAACACCUUUUUAACUUUGCCUAAUAUCUUGAGCAAAGAGACGAAACACAACUCACCAACUCUCUUCCAGCAGCCGCUUGUUUGUAGUGAGACCUCAGGCCAGUCCAUUACGGACUGCAGCGGGGUGACGCAGCUCAAGGAAGAACAUUUAUGAUCGUGAAAUACAAUCAGACAGUGACACAAAGGCAGAAGAACUACCGCGUCUGCAGAGCAAAAUGAUUAAUAUGGUGAUAAUUACUUCAAGGAGAUGAUAAAGAAAUGAUCAUAAAUGUUCUUCCUUGAGCUGCGUCACCCCACAGCAGUCCGUAAAUGACUGGUCGGUGUUACGGUGUGAUUGACCCUUAAUUAAUUUUACAGCGGAAUAUCCUUCAUUUUAAAUUCAUUAAACAGUGCCCAACACGCUGAAUAAGCAGACUUUUGAUAAUCUCUGACUACUAAAUGUGGAGUUGGGAACUAUGAAUGAAAAAAUCUGUCCAGUUUCUACCUGCUUUUUCCUUGUUAAUGCUAAUUUAUGAUACAUUAUGAUUGAAAAACAUCUGUUUAUUUUCUGUCUACAGGAGUCUGAGAUCAUCGACUUCUUCCUGGGCUCUGGUCUGAAGGAUGAGGUGCUCAAGAUCAUGCCUGUCCAGAAGCAGACCAGAGCUGGUCAGCGCACCAGGUUCAAGGUGAGCUGUCGAGAACUCUGCUAACAACAGUCCUAGAUAAUCAUCCCAAAAGUGAUAGUCAAACUGACAUUACCUCCCUCUUACUUUGCUCAUAGGCCUUUGUUGCCAUUGGUGACUACAACGGCCAUGUGGGUCUUGGGGUGAAAUGCUCCAAAGAGGUGGCCACAGCCAUCCGUGGAGCCAUCAUUCUGGCCAAACUGUCCAUCGUCCCUGUGAGGAGAGGCUACUGGGGUAACAAGAUCGGAAAGCCCCACACUGUGCCCUGCAAGGUGACCGGACGUUGCGGCUCUGUCCUGGUGCGUCUCAUCCCCGCCCCCCGUGGUACUGGCAUUGUGUCUGCCCCCGUGCCCAAGAAACUGCUCAUGAUGGCCGGUAUUGAUGAUUGCUAUACCUCUGCCAGGGGCUGCACUGCCACUCUUGGCAACUUUGGUAAGAACUUUCCCCUUUUUUUUGAAUACAAAUCUGUUCAGACUUUAAAGGUUCUCCUUGCUCUGCUCAGCUGCAUCUCUGCUGUGGUGUAGUUGUCGUUAUCUGGAGAGAAAGAAACGAGUAUUGUAAUGCACGGCAGAAAGGCGGUUUUAGUCGUCUCUUCUGUUCCCUUUUCGGUACUCAACAGUUCGUGCAUUAAAAACUACAGCGCUGUGCUUCUUUUGAACUCUGUCUUGACCAUUUAUUUUAUUUUAUUCCUCUACAGCCAAGGCCACCUUUGAUGCCAUCUCCAAGACUUACAGCUACCUGACCCCUGAUCUCUGGAAGGAGACUGUCUUCACCAAGUCUCCCUACCAGGUAAAAUAACAUGCACACAAGUGUUGGUCAUGCUUUUGUUGAAAUUUUGAGGAUCUUGUAUUGACUUUUUUUUCCUUUAUUUCAUAUUCCAGGAGUUCACUGACCAUCUGGCCAAGACUCACACCAGGGUGUCUGUGCAGAGAGGACAGCCCGUCCAGCCACCCGCCUCCUAA